CUGUGUAAGUUAUUUAGCUGUGCGUGCGUAUCAAGGAAUAUCUUGCAGUCACCGUGGCUGUAAGUCCGUCUUUCAUUCCAUAUCAGCAUGUGCUGACAAUAUCUACGAAUGGGUAGAUACAAUAUAAAAUACUAGCGACGAACAACUAGUAUUGGAAAAGGCAACUCUAGUUUAAAGCAGUAAAUGUUUUUUUUUCCUCUUUGGACGCAACCAUUCUUCCGGUGAACAAGGGAACAUGGUGUGCCCGAAAUAACGCCGACAUGCGCAGCUGGAACAAAUUUUGUCAAAAGAGCGGCGAUUGAUUGGCAAUAAAAUUACUAAAUACGUGAUUAUUGCUGUCUUUGAACUUGUGGCAUAUGCGCACUGUUGUGCAUCCCGGCCGUGUCUCUCGUCCCCCCAGUGUUCGGCCAGUGGACGCGCCUGGAAUAACCUCCGUGCGGACGGGCUGAAAGCGGAGGAGACAGCGCCAGCCAGCGGAACAUGGCGGAGACCGUGCGCUCGCUGUUUGACUACCGGGAGCCUCCGACCCUGGAUAGCGACGGGGAAGGGAGCAAGCCGCCGCCUCCGCUGGGGCGAGUCUGUGGCCGAAAGAGGAAGGGGACGCCCGUCAAGAUGUGUGAUCGAGUCUUUGUCACCGAGGAUGAGGAGGAGAGUAUGUCAGAGCACAGCUUCUGCCCAGGUGAUGGCCAGUACCAGGAGGGGGAGGAGGACAGGCUGGCCCCACCUGAAGGCUCCUACUACCUGACAGACCCCUCUCAGCUGUGUGUUUCAGAGCUGGGGGAUGAGGGUGGGAGUGGGGCCAGAGGGGCCGUCCUUUACCCACCUCCUCCAAACUGCCGAAUUAGAGAGGUGCAUUGUGGUAGUCAGGUUCGACUUGUCGUCAUAGCGAUCCGAGACAUCUCUAAGGGUGAGGAGAUUACGGUGGAUUACAGUCUGACGGAAUGGGGAGAAAAUGCCAUGGGUUUCCAUAGCGUUGUCUCUCCCAGUGCCUUCGAGUGCAGCUCCGACCCAGAGAACAACAUCAAGAAGGAGGAGGAGCCUGGCCCGGUGUCUCUCUCCCUAGCUGUGUCCGACUACCUCACCCCGUCCUGGUCCCUGUCCCCUUCCUCCUCACCACUUUCCCACUCGGAAGCCAGCGACUCAGACCACGAGGACUUUGAGGACGAGGAAGACGAGGAUGAAGAGGAGGAUGUGCGUGUGGAGGAGCAGCACCGGGGACGGAUGCUCCGGCGGCGCAGGCGGCGCAAGGCAGCUGCCUCUGUAGCUAAGAGGAAGAAGACGCCGCCACGGACAGCUGGCCGUUCACUCUCCUUCUGUGCCGGAACCCCAAGCUCCGGCCCUCGGCCCCUCUUCAAACCACCCACUCCGGCACCUCCUGCCACCAUCGUCAACAACAGUAUAGGCGUGGCUGUGGGGCGGAGCGCAACUGUGGUGGGUGGGGCAGGGCAGCGGCAGCGCUGCAUGCACUGUGGCCGCCACUUCCGCUCGUUGGCACGCCACCUGGAGAAACACCAUGCCCAGCAGCCUGAGGUGAGGGCCUCCAUGGAGCGUGCCCAGUUUCUCCCCCAGGCAGGCUCUGCCCCCUGCUUGCCAUCAGCCCCGCCCACCUCUGCCCCACCCAGCCUCUUCCCUAGGGACCCUCAGCCCAGCCCCGUGUCACUCUCGAUCUCCCCUCCGGCCUCAACCCUAGCCUCAGCUAUGCCCAGGAAAAGCCCCGCCCUCUCUGUCUCACCAAGGAAGAGCCCGGCCCCUGUACCGGCCACGCCUCCCAGAAAGGGACCUGCCCCUGGCGUCGCUCCAAAGAAGAGCCCCGGGACCUCGACCCCGCCCAGGAAAGGCGUGCGCAGGAUGAAGAGGGAGAGAGAGGAGAAUACAGGGGAGUCUGCACGACCUAAAGAGGAACAGCCAGAGGAGGCGCUGAAGGAGAGAGAGCCCCAGGGGGGGGCAGAUGGGAGAGAAGAGGAGAGUGCUGGGGAGGAGAAGAAAGGAGGCGUGUCCAGCGGCCGGCCCCACAUGCUGCCCCUGCUCUCCUCGCUUUCAGCAUUGGUGCUGUACCUGCGCCGGCUGCAGCACUCAGCCUUCCUCUCGCUGAUGCGCUCCCCCCAGUCGGCCGAGGCCUGGCGGCUGCUCUGCCACUCCAGCCUGGCUCUCCUCAUCCUUUACAACCGGCGGCGUGAGUGCGAGGCCUCCAAGCUCACUCUAGAGGAGUAUCGCCUGCGGACACGGCCCCAGGGCCCUGCCUCGGCCCCACCCGGUGCCCCACCUGCCCUCACCCCCCUGGAAGCCUCGCUGUCGCCCUUCGAGCGCCAGGUCCUGCCCCACCUGCCCCGGGUGGGCGUGCAAGGCAAGCGAGGCCGCGUGCAGCCACUCAUCCUGCCUCCCCAUAGCGAGCCCUGCUUGGAGCUGCUGCUGCAGACACGGCCAGGUGUUGGCGUGGAUCCCCAAAAUCCCUACAUGUUUGCCCGGCCCUACCACUCGCCGGCCACACCACUGCGGGGCACCGACCUGCUGCGAAGCCUGGCACGUGCCAGUGGGACCCGCAACCCUCGGGCGCUGACCCAGACGCGGCUACGGCGGCAGGUGGCCAUCCUGACGCAGCUGCUGCUGCUGGCUGAGGGGGACGGGGGCACCGAGGGCGGCGAGGCCCCCUGCCGUCGGUUGGAGAACUUCUUGCAGAAAGAGUACCAUGUGACACAGAGCUGCGCUGGGAUUGGCCAGGACCCGGGGUUGAUGGGACGCGUGGCCCGGGUGGUGCUGUGUGGGGAGCGGGACGGCGUCCUGUUUCGGGGAAUGAGCCUGCACCACAUCUGUCUGGAGCUGGAUGUGAUGUCAGGAAACUCGGCAGACUCCUUCUCAGAGGAAUCGGAGGGGGAACGAACGGCAGGCAAAGACAAGGAGGGUAGGGCCAAAAAGGGCGGGGCCAGCAGCCGCUCCCCGCGACAGAAGAAGGUUGGCGGCAACCCCGCCUCCAGUGGACCCACCCCCCCUACCCGAAAGCGGAGCAGUGGCCAGUCUACGCCAGGUAAGCGUGGGGUACUGAAGCGGCCGUGGUCAGAGGCAGAACGCGCAGCCGUAGAGGCCCACCUGACGCGUAACAUCAUGGAGCUGCGAGUCCCGGCCAAGGCUGACUGUGAGCGCUGUUUGCAGCACUGCCCCCUGCUGGUCAGCAACCGCAGGGACUGGAGGGCCAUCAAGUUCUACUGUCACAACCGGAUCCAGCUGCUCAAGAAGAAGGGCCAGCGGGAGAGCAUGGCCCAGGUGGGGGCAGUGUCCGUCUGAGGCAGGAGAGUGCUCCCUGCAGGCUGAGUGGGUGCACAACCCUGAAAGAAUGUGACAGUACUUCGUACAAGUGUUCACCACGACGAGACACAGCAGGCUGAUGAAGCCCGUUACAGGUGCCCUUCAGAGCCGGGCCUGGCCGGGCCUAGCAGAAACGACGGGAUAGCCAGGGAGCCACAUGACAGCCCCCGGACUCCUUUGUGUGCUGGUGCUCAUUCUACCUCUGUGUUCAUUUGUUGUUUGUUUCACCAGCUGAGUGCUUGUGUGGCAUUCUGGGAGAGGCUGGUCGUCAUUGGCCCUGGCUCCCGUCCCGUCCCGUCCUAUCCGAUUUUUAUUCCCUUAUUCCCAUUUUUUCUUUGUUUUGAAAGGAGUUGUCAUGGUAACGAUAAGGAGAGGGUCCAUCAAGGUACAUUCCACUCUCGUAACUGGGACCCAAAUCAGAUAGGCUCUUUUUUUUUUUAAUAAUUAUUAUUAAGAGAAAAGUGACCAGGGUAUAGAAACCACAGAUAAAAGUAGGACACGUUUGUGACUACAUUUUUUUCUUUGAAUGGUAUGGUAGAAUUAAAUUUAAAAAUUAUAA